AUGCGCCUGCCGAGCGAUUUGAUAGCUGCGGUGCUGGACCAAUUAGAGCCUGAAGAGCUGAUCAAAUUACAUCAGGCCAACAAGGAGUUCCGAGCACGCAUAGCUCGGCGCGGACUGCUACCUGGUCGUGUACGAAUGUUGCGUAUCUACGGCCAAAUACUCGCCGAAGACCAUGAAGGGGUACUGCUGAAACAAUGCGAAUUUGGAGUGGAAAGCCGCGGCGGGACGAUGAUCUUCGCGAGCAACCUCAGCAACCGGAUCUUCCAUGUUCUCGACAAAACGAUACCAAGGGACGCCGUGGAGCCGGGAUAUCCAGACAGUCUUCCCUGUAAGCGUCGCUUGGAUACGGAAUUUAAGCUGCCCGAAAAGAGCUUCCGCAUCCGCUGGCGAGCCUUUUUCAAGCCUCUGCUAAGAACGCUUGAACGAAUCCACGCGGUCGAAGAGCUGGAGAUCCACCUGGUCACCGAUGGCCAAAGGACCAUCUACGGAAUGCCGUUCGACCAAGCGUAUUGGCGUCAUUCAGGCGCAGCCUACGCUCGAGGGCAAAUUGAAGAAGUUCAAUCCGGAGCACGCUUGAAGAAGCGGAUCAUCCAGAUAGCACCAUUAUUACGGGCAUUGCGUCACAUCGGCCACUGUUACUACGAUGAGGAGGCCAACGCGGUUUUCACAAAGACCAAAAGCUUCAUCGGCGGCGCUCCGGCUUCACUGCGCAUCUGUGAGCCAGCGAUGUCGUGGGAGUUCGACUUUGUUCCACGCGAUACGCGAUUGAUACAAGGCUCGGGAAGGGCUCGACCGCGCGCCGGACUCAUAUACACGUUGGUCGGAUUCGGACAUCGGAUUGACUUCCCGGCUGACGGGGAACAAUACAUUGAGACGAUUAAGACUCUUGGCCCUGUGGCCGCCAGCUGGUAUUACAGACAAGAUGAGACAGCAGGUGGAAUGGUUGUGAUGGCGAGCGUGCAUCUACGGGAGCCGGGUUGUGGUCACGACCGUUUCGCCCUGACAGUGAAGUUAGACGAG